AUGCAGCCGAACGAAGCCGCCUCCGGCUCGCGCCCCAGUACCCCGCAACACCAGCAAUCUCAGUCUUCCAGCGCCAUGUCGACGCCAGCUCCUCUUCUCCGCCCGCCGAUCCCGGGUGCGCGGAGCCACUCCUCGCCGCGCGCUCCCCGCCUGGGCCUAUCCAUCCCGCCCUCUCCCAACGCAAGACCCGUCGUCAACGGCCAGACAGCAUCAGACGUCCACCAGAUGCCCGCCCUGCACCCCCCGCAACAGCCCCUCAACGCCCGUCCGUCUCUUCCGAAGCUCGCCCUCGCCACCCCCAGCGGCGGCCAAGCAACGCCGCAGGAGGGCGCCCCCAAGCGCGGCGUGGCCGGGCUCAAAUUACAAUUACCAGGCAACUCGGCGUCGGGGAGCAGCAAUGCCUCGGCCAACAGCCGCAGCGGCAGUUUCGGCGAGCGCGGCCCGCCGUCGUUGCAACUUAACACGCUAAACAACAACUCACACGACCCCAUCUCCGCUCUCUCUAACGGCCAAUCGCCCACCCUUAACUCCAACUCGUCCGCCGAGAUGACACGGACCAAUAGUGAUAUAAUGGUUCUGCCCGACCUUGCUCAGCUGCAAAUCGACAAGGGCGGCAACCUGGAACCUGGCGAUUUGGAUAAUGCCGGCUGGAGAGCGGCAAGCAAGGAGGGCCUGAUUGAAGAGCUUGGUUCGCUAGGCGAGGGUGCCGGUGGUGCGGUUACGAGGUGUGUCUUGAAGGGUUCCAAGACUGUUUUUGCGCUGAAGAUCAUCACUUCGAACCCCGACCCUAGCAUAAAACGUCAGAUUGUGCGUGAGCUGCAGUUCAACGCCUCCUUACAACAUCCCAGUAUUUGCCGUUACUAUGGAGCUUUCCAGCCUCCAUCUAAUACCUCGAUAAUCAACAUUGCCAUGGAAUUUUGCGAGGGCGGUUCCCUCGACUCGGUCUACCGCGAAGUUCUCGGCCGUGGGGGCCGUAUCGGAGAGAAGGUGCUGGGCGUCAUCGCGCGCGGCGUGCUGGAAGGCCUGACAUACCUUCACAGCAAGCGUAUCAUCCACAGAGAUAUCAAGCCCUCCAACAUCCUCCUGUCACGUGCCCCGAUGAACCCUGACGGCUCGAGGCAGCACGGCAAGGGCUCUCGUUUGAAUGCCUGGGAAGGCAUCGUCAAGCUUUGCGACUUUGGUGUCAGCGGAGAGUUCGGUACCAAGGGCAUGGCCGACACAUUUAUUGGAACUUCGUACUACAUGGCACCGGAGCGCAUCCAGGGUCUCUCCUACACAAUCACAUCCGACGUGUGGAGUCUGGGCGUCACAUUACUGGAAGUCGCCCAAGGCCGGUUCCCCUUCCCGGCCGAUGCCGAUGGCGAGAGCGGUGCGAUAGCACCCCGCGCCGGCCUUAUCGAUCUGCUCACGUACAUUGUGCGGCAGCCGAUUCCCAAGCUCAAGGACGAGCCCAAGAACAACAUUUCCUGGGGAGACGGUUUCAAGUAUUUCAUUGAGUGCUGUCUGGAGAAGGAGCCCAACCGUCGGGCAACACCUUGGCGCAUGCUGGAGCACCCGUGGAUGGUGGAGAUGAGAAGCAAGAAGGUCAACAUGGAAUCCUUCCUUGCGAAAGUAUGGGAUUGGAAAGACUAG